UCCUACCUGAGGGGGUCUGAGGUGUUCCGUAUGAUUUAGCUCGGAAGGAAAGGGGCGAAAAGGCAGAAUCCCCUUUCUUGGGGCUCCUGCCCUGUGAGGUAGGUUAGGCCGGAAGACCACGGGAGGCCCAAGGUCCUAGCUGGACGGAGAUGAGAACCCAAAUUUUCAGACUCGACGCCCGGCAUUCUUGACAAUGACGCCACCCUGGCUCUCUUUCUCCCCCGAAGGACUCGAUCACAACUUCCACUAAAGAGGACUUUGCUUGGAAUUUUGAAAGAGAGAAAGCCGUUUCAAGCUGGUUGCCCCAGGUCUUCCUUGCAAGAAGACCAGGCGUGUCGCAGGAACCCUAAAUGCUUCUGCUAAGCACUUCUAAGCCCCCGCUCAGCCACUUUCAACUUGGAGGGGUGUAUUAGAUGCAGAUAAGCGGUGCGGUCUCGGCUAGAUGUCACCUUUUUGCUACCCCAUUCCUGCUGCUCUUACCUGAGGAAGGGGGGGAACGCAGGUAACGGUCGAGAGUAAAUCCAUUUCCCAUGUCAUCGUGGAGCCUGUGCUGAGCACCGAUCGAAGAUGGUGGAGAAAAGCUUGGCGAGUCCCCAAGCGAAAAGAGGCGCUCCCAGCGGCCCCGAGGCUGGCUACCUUUGGGCCUUCCGGGAGGAAAGGGAGCCGAAGACCCUCGGCGUGGACGCCAGCGUCUCAGAGGAACAGCGCCAGCUCUUCAGGCGGUUCUCCUACCAGGAGGCCACGAGCCCCCGGGAGGCUUGUGCCCGACUCCACGAUCUUUGCCGCCGGUGGCUGAAGCCGGAGAGGCGCACCAAGGCGGAGAUGAUGGAUUUGGUGGUCCUGGAGCAGUUCCUGGCCAUCCUUCCACCAGAGAUGGGGAGCUGGGUGCGAGAGUGUGGGGCGGAGACCACAUCCCAGGCGGUGGCCCUGGCCGAGGGCGUCCUCCUGAGCCAGGCGGCAGAGAAAAAGCAGCCGGUAGCCCAAGCAGCCACCAAAUUCCCCGUGGCAAAGAAGGCCUCGCUGGACACCAAGAAGGCAGCAGUGGCGGCACUGGGGUGGAUGAUGCAAGACAGCCAAGGAGAAGUCACCUCACAAGGUGGCAGAAGGAAGCAGACCAUCUGUCUUCAGACUUCUUCUAUUCCUGGUGGAGCCAAAACGUCGGUCCUGACACCUGCUCAGGAUCUGGUGAUAUUUCAGGAUGUGGCUGUGGGCUUUGCAGAAGAAGAGUGGGCUCUGAUGGACCUAAACCAAAAAGCUUUGCACAAGGACGUGAUGGAGGACAUCUCCUGGAUGCUGGGCUCUCUUGGCAACACGGUGGCAUCGGAAGCCAAUCCCAGAUCAUCUCCUCUUUUGGGCAGAGUGGGAACUUUCAGCCGCUCCUGUUUCCCCAUCUCCAGACAUACCAAAAAUAUUCUAAACGGACCAGCAGAUGAUGAAAAAGAUGACAAGAACUCUCCCAAUACAUCUAUGGUGCCCUUCGAAAGAACUGAUCAUGAGGCAGGGAAACAGAUAGUUGAAAAUUGGAGCGGACAGACAUGGUACAAAGGUAACCCACCAAAGAAGGGAAAGACGAAAUCUUCAGCUGAUUCUUCUAAACUCCUGGCCUUCCGGGAAAACCAGGAAGGAAAAAGUAGAAGCUGUUCUGUCUCGGAGAAAAUAUUCAAGUAUAACUGGGUCUUAGAUAGAAAUAGCAGAGUCCACACCCAAGAGGAACCAAAGAAUUUCAUGGACCGUGAUCAUAGCUUCACUGUGAACAGCAGUCUGGUUUCAUAUGAAAGGAUAGAGACAGGCAAGAAACCAUAUGAAUGCUUGGAGUGUGGAAAAGGUUUCACAGUGAAGCGUAAUCUUACUCUGCACCAAAGGACGCACACAGGGGAGAAACCAUACAAGUGCACAGAAUGUGGGAAGAGCUUCAGUCGAAGUGGUACCCUUUCUGUUCACCGGAGAACUCACACAGGGGAGAAACCGUAUAAAUGCCUGGAAUGUGGGAAGAGCUUCAGUGAAAGUAGUAAUCUUUCGGUGCACAGAAGAACUCACACAGGGGAGAAACCCUACGAAUGCACGGAAUGUGGGAAGAGCUUCAUUGACAGCAGUAGCCUAAGUUCACAUCAGAGAACUCACACUGGGGAGAAACCAUGUCAAUGCAUGGAAUGCGGGAAGAGGUUCAGGCAGAUAGGUAGCCUAAGUUCUCAUAAGAGGACUCACACAGGGGAGAAACCCUAUAAAUGCAUGGAAUGCGGGAAGAACUUCAGUCAGAGAUCCAACCUGCGUUCUCAUCUAAGACUACACACAGGGGAGAAACCAUACAAGUGCAUGCAAUGUGGGAAGAGCUUUAGUAGAAAUGAUCAUCUUUCUUUGCACGAGAAAACCCACUCAGGAGAGAAACCAUAUACGUGCAUGGAAUGUGGAAAGAGUUUCAUUUGGGACAGUACCCUUAGAUCACAUCAAAGAAACCAAACAGGGGAGAAACCAUAUAAAUGCAUGGAAUGCGGAAAGAGUUUCAAUCAGACUAGUGACCUUAGGUCACAUCAAAGAAGUCACACAGGGGAGAAACCAUAUACGUGCAUGGAAUGUGGAAAGAGCUUCAUUUGGGACAGUGCCCUUAGGACACAUCAAAGAACCCAUACAGGGGAGAAACCAUAUACGUGCAUGGAAUGUGGAAAGAGCUUCAUUUGGGACAGUGCCCUUAGGACACAUCAAAGAACCCAUACAGGGGAGAAACCAUAUACGUGCAUGGAAUGUGGAAAGAGCUUCAUUUGGGACAGUGCCCUUAGGACACAUCAAAGAACCCAUACAGGGGAGAAACCAUAUACGUGCAUGGAAUGUGGAAAGAGCUUCAUUUGGGACAGUGCCCUUAGGACACAUCAAAGAACCCAUACAGGGGAGAAACCAUAUACGUGCAUGGAAUGUGGAAAGAGCUUCAUUUGGGACAGUGCCCUUAGGACACAUCAAAGAACCCAUACAGGGGAGAAACCAUAUACGUGCAUGGAAUGUGGAAAGAGCUUCAUUUGGGACAGUGCCCUUAGGACACAUCAAAGAACCCAUACAGGGGAGAAACCAUAUACGUGCAUGGAAUGUGGAAAGAGCUUCAUUUGGGACAGUGCCCUUAGGACACAUCAAAGAACCCAUACAGGGGAGAAACCAUAUACGUGCAUGGAAUGUGGAAAGAGCUUCAUUUGGGACAGUGCCCUUAGGACACAUCAAAGAACCCAUACAGGGGAGAAACCAUAUACGUGCAUGGAAUGUGGAAAGAGCUUCAUUUGGGACAGUGCCCUUAGGACACAUCAAAGAACCCAUACAGGGGAGAAACCAUAUACGUGCAUGGAAUGUGGAAAGAGCUUCAUUUGGGACAGUGCCCUUAGGACACAUCAAAGAACCCAUACAGGGGAGAAACCAUAUACGUGCAUGGAAUGUGGAAAGAGCUUCAUUUGGGACAGUGCCCUUAGGACACAUCAAAGAACCCAUACAGGGGAGAAACCAUAUAAAUGCAUGGAAUGUGGAAAGUGUUUUAGUCAUAGUGAUCACCUGAAGACACAUCAAAGAACUCACACAGGGGAGAAACCAUAUACAUGCAUGGAAUGUGGAAAGAGUUUCAUUAGUAAUGUUCAUUUGAAUUCACAUCACAGAACCCAUACAGGUGAGAAACCAUAUAAGUGCAUGAAAUGUGGAAAGAGCUUCAGUCAAAGAGGUAACCUUAGUUUGCAUCAAAAAACUCACUCAGGGGAGAAACCAUAUCAGUGCAUACAAUGUGGAAAGAGCUUCAAUCGGAGGGAUACACUUAGGUCACAUCAAAGAACCCAUACAGGGGAGAAACCAUAUAAAUGCAUAGAAUGUGGAAUUAGUUUUAGCCGUAGUGGUCACCUGAAUGCACAUCAAAGAAUUCACACAGGAGAGAAACCAUAUACAUGCAUAGAAUGUGGGAAAAGCUUCAAUCAAAGCAAUACCUUUAGGUCACAUGAAAGAACUCACACGGGGGAAACCAUAUAAACACAUGGAAUGUGUAAAAAGCUUUAGUUGGAGUCAUUACUUUAGGAUAUAUCAAAGAGCACACACUGGGGAGAAGCCAUAUAAAUCUAUAGAAUGUGGAAAGAGCUUUAUUCACUGAGAUGACUUUA